AUAGUCAAGUACCGAAACUGUAAUAAAAAAAAAACAACAGUCAUUUAAGUACCCUAUUAAUUUUUUAGGUAGUAAUUUCAUAUAUAGGUCCUAUUUUAUCAUCAAAAUCUUUAAAGAUUAAUGUUGAAAAGCAAGUUUUAUUGUUCAUUUGGUUUAUGGCAAAUUGUGAAACGCACCGGUAGUAUACCUACUUUUAUAUUCAUGUUUUUUUAUAUAAAUAACAAUGUAUUUAAAUUAAUUUCAGACAAAUUUCAAAUAGGUUUAAUGUGGCAGAAAGCACUAGUCAUGCCAUAGUAGAAAACUGUCUACUGGCAUUUAACAAAAUAGCUGGGAAGCUUAUUGUAUGGCCUUCGGGACAAACUGCAUUAAAUAAUGUAAAACAGUUUGAUAGGCUUCGUGGAGAUGAUUCAUUUCCUAAUGUUGUUGGAUGUAUUGAUGGUUGUCAUGUGAAUAUAUUAUAUCCGUGGGAAAAAAGAACAAAGAUGCCCAAACUUGACAGAAAUAUGUUCUGUAAUAGGAAGCAAGUGCCUAGUGUAAUAUUACAGGGAAUUGUCGAUGCCAAUUUAAUGUUCAUUGACAUAUUUGCUGGUUGGCCUGGUCGUUCUCACGAUGCACGAGUAUACCGUUGUAGUAAAAUUGGCCAAAAAAUAAUUAAUGAUCCUGAAUCUGUUUUACCACCAUCAUGCCAUAUUAUUGGAGAUGGUGCAUAUCCAUUAACUGAAGGCUUGAUGAUACCCUUUAAGGAUAAUGGACGUUUGACAAGGGAACAAAAAAUAUUUAAUAAAAAAUUAAGUAGUAGUCGGAUAUUGAUAGAACAAGCAUUUGGGAAAUUAAUAGGAAGAUUCAGAAAAUUAAAGUAUGCUUACAUGUGUAUCACAGAGAUCCAUCUUAAAUAUUUGAUAUGGGACAAUUUUGACUGUGAUCCAGUAUCAACAGAAAUUGACUUUCUGGAAUCCAAUGAAGAAGAAGCUAUAAGUGGUUUAGAAAAACGAAAUAUGUUAUGUAAUUUAUUAGCUCUCUAA